AGCAGUUGGCGAGGAAGGGCCAUCCGAGGCGCACCGAAAAGCCCAUCACAACCUCCAAAUAAAUCCAGUGGAGGACCGGCUGACCAACUGCUGCGAUCCUGGAUGCCAUGAAACCGAAGAAAUCGGCCUUUGCCAACUCAUCCACAGGAUACGGCAGGAACAAGCACGGCAAGGGGCACUCCCACGGCAAGGAUAAAGCCGAGGGCGCUGGCAAGGCCAAGACCCGAGAGCCCAAGGAUCAGCAUGGGCAGAAGGAGGAGGACAAGGACUUGAACUCCGGUUUCGGCGACUAUCUUCGCACACCGGAGGCAUUUGAGAUGAUGAAACUCUUUGUCUUCGCCAAUACAAUAAUGUUAAUUGUCACCAUGGCCUGGCCGCACAUCAAGGAGCAGUUCUACAUGAUCAACCAGUGGCUAGAGAGUUUUCGCGAAGAGCAGCAGCAGUAAAGCCUCAG